GAUAAUUGUUUAAGCUGACUAGGGCAUAAACAGAACAAACGGUCACAGCUUCCAUAAGAAAGAGAAGCAGAGUAGUAUAAUAUGAAUGUAUCAAGAUCAACAAGACUCGUGGAGAAGCUUCCUCUUCUUCACCAUCGUGUUCCUCUCAUAGGCGUGCCCAAGUUUGGGUUUGCGUCGUUCUUGCACUUGAAUACUAGAUUAGCAGGGUUUCCAAAGAAAAUGGCUUGGAGUUUGGAUAAUUGUUCAGUGAAUGCUGAAAAUAAAUUGGGUCUGGUUCGCCCUGCAACCGAAGCACAGGCUGAAGAGGCAGUUGAAGCUCUGAAAGCUGGCAAGGUUAUUGCAGUGCCCACUGACACCCUCUAUGGAUUCGCUUGUGAUGCUUGUUCUUUGGAAGCAGUCAAUCGGAUUUAUGAGAUUAAAGGGCGUAAACAUACCAGCCCUCUUGCUAUCUGUGUUGGUGAUGUUUCAGACAUCAAGCGCUUUGCUGUCACGGACCAUUUGCCUCAUGGCUUACUUGAUUCUCUCCUUCCUGGACCUGUUACAGUUGUACUAACACGAGGGGAGUCAAGUAUUCUUGAGAAGUCUUUGAACCCCGGAUUGGACAGUAUCGGUGUCCGAGUGCCUGACUCUAACUUCAUCAGGGUUAUUGCCCGUGGUUCAGAAAGUGCUAUGGCUCUCACAAGUGCCAAUCUAAGUGGACAGCCAAGUAGUGUUUGCAUAAAAGAUUUUGAGAACCUAUGGGAACACUGUGCAUAUGUUUAUGAUGGUGGUGUGCUUCCAUCAGGCCGUGCAGGAUCAACAGUAGUGGACCUUACCAGACUAGGAAAGUACAAGAUUCUUAGACCUGGAAGUGCAAAGGAAGAGACAGUUGCCAUCCUUGAAAGGCAUUCUCUAGGAGAAGAGCUGGGAGCAAGUUAAAGAAGUAAUUGAAACAAUCUGGUAUUUUUUUAGAAUUACAUAUUGAUUGCUUGGGGAAUAGUUUCUGCUUGAUGUCACAGAAACUGGCACUAUGACCUUCUCAUUGUAUUUUAAUAAACCAAAAUAUAUUCUUGAGAUGUCAGUAGAGGUUUUUACUGAACUGAUAUCUGUCAUGUAUCCAGAAUAGAGAAUUGAGUUAUUUCAGUUGAUCACACGUAAUUCAAAAUGAGUUCGUGUACGUAUUUGCAAGUAAA